CGUCAAGAGAAGACGGAGAAGACGAAGAAGACGAUUUCGUAGUACCGUAUCGUUCGGUAUCGCGUCACUACUUUCAGAAGGAUGGAAGGUGAAGUGAAGAUUAUCGUAAAAUGGAGCGGAAAGGAGUACGAGAUUCUGGAUAUACAGCACGAUGAUACUGUCUUCGCUCUAAAAGAGCGUAUACACAAGGAAACGGGUGUUCUUCCGGAACGUCAGAAGCUGCUGAACCUCAAGUUCAAAGGCAAAGCAGCUCAGGAUGAGGAUAUCAUAGGAAAACUGGGCCUGAGGCCUGGCUUUAAGCUUAUGUUAAUGGGCUCCAGAGAAGAGGAUAUCGCUGAAGUAAGUCAUGCUCCGAAAGACAUGCCUGAUGUAGUUAAUGAUUUGGAUAUUGAGGAGGAGGAAGUGGAGAUUGAAAAUGCUGAGAUCUACCUCUCUAAAAUCCAAAAGAAAAUCGAUCACUAUGUUAUCACAGAAUUAAAUCCUCUCAGGGAAGGAAAAAAGCUCUUGGUACUAGACAUUGAUCAUACUCUUUUUGACCAUAGAUCGACUGCAGAAAGUGGUGUGGAAUUGAUGCGUCCUUACCUUCAUGAAUUUUUAAUGCAAGCUUAUCGUGACUAUGAUAUAGUAAUUUGGUCUGCAACUAGUAUGAGAUGGAUCAAUACAAAGAUGAAGUUACUCGGCAUCUCAAAUCAUCCAUUUUACAAAAUAGCAUUUCAUCUUGACUCUCUAGCUAUGAUUUCUGUUCACACACCAAAGUAUGGUUUAGUCUGGGUGAAACCUCUUAGUAUCAUCUGGGGAAAGUACAAACAGUUCUCUGCAAAGAACACCAUAAUGCUUGAUGAUAUUGGAAGGAACUUUAUCAUGAAUCCACAGUCUGGGCUGAGAAUAAAACCUUUCAGACAUGCACACAUUACCAGGACUAAGGACAGGGAGCUGUUGAAGCUUUCAGAGUAUUUAAAAUUAAUAGCUGAACUUGAUGACUUUCAGAUCCUUAAUCAUAGGAAAUGGGAAGAAUACAAAGCUAAGAAAGCCAGACAAGAAAGAAGAAAUGAAUCCGCUAAUACUAAGUAA